AUGGGGGCACUGUGCUGCAAGCAGAACCCGCUUAGGUUCGUACACUGUGCACUGCACAUGUUCUCGUGGCAAAGUUGCUUGGUCGAGGAGUACACGGUGCACUACGAUCGCACAGCGGGUGCGCCCAGCAUGGCCUUCAGCUAUGCAGGAGACGUGGCAUGCGGCACCUGCAAGGGCGAGCGCAUCGUUCGCGAUGGUCCAUCUCUGCUCAGUGAAGGUGCAUCAAAGCCAGAUGGCUUGACAAGCCUUCGCAAGCUCAAGCACCUGCCCACUACGCGGCGGCUGGACACCUUUUCGGGAUCCUUCUGA